CAUCGUAGGCUUCCGUACUGUAGCACUGGAAGCGUGAGUAAGCUAACUCUUGUCGUUUUUCACUUGUCGAUGCAAUAGGGGGAUUAAAAUAGACUGGAAAUGGCAGACUUAACAACGCUUGAGAGCCUUUUGGAGAUGGGCUUUGACCGGAACAGGGCCGAGAGGGCUGUGGCCAAUACCGGGAACCAGGGGAUCGAACAAGCAAUGGACUGGUUAAUGGAGCACGAGAACGACACGGACAUUGAUGAGCCAUUUAAGCCUCCUGUUCUGGCAGCACCGGAUGAUGACCAGGCCGGCACGCAAGACGCUUCGCUCGGGGGUACAGCCGGAGUUGCGAGCGGAGAAGGCACACAGGUUGGCGAUGAUGAUGACAAAAAGGCCAUGACAGAGGAGGAGAAACAGCAGCAAGUCAAAAGCCUCUCUCAAACUGACCCGCUGCCUGUGUGCGUCAGACUGGAGGAGCUGAUGCGACUGAAGCAGGCAGAGCGGCGAGAGCGCGAGCGCGCUGAAGAGCUGGAGAAGGAAAAGCAGCGGAGGAAGACGGGCCAAGAGCUACAGCAGAUUCGCAACAAGCUGCAGGACGACGAUAUGAAGAAGUUGGCUGAGCUGCGGCAAAGAGAGAAGAUGGAGGACAAGAUGGCCAGGCAAAGGGUUAUAGAAAAGAUAGCAAGAGACAGGGAGGAGAGAGCACAAAAGUUUGGAGGUGGAGGAACCUCAAGCACAAGUACGUCUUCAGUCCAGCCCAGCCCAGUGUCACCCACCGGUCAGGGCCCGCCCCCAACCAAGAGAGAGUACGACGAGUCCAGGAUACAGGUGCGCCUGCUGGAUGGAUCCACCCUCACAGCAGUGUUUAAGGCCCAGGAGCCUCUGGCGGCGGUGCACGUUUACGUGCAGGUGAACGGCAACACGCCAGAGGGUCAGGAAUUUACGCUGCUGUCCCCUUAUCCUCGUCACGUUUACACUGAUCUAGACAUGGAGAAGCCCCUCAAAGAGCUAGGUUUGGUGCCUUCCGCUGUGCUGGUCGUUACCAAAAAGUGAGUUAAGGAGGAGCAUUCUGCUCCAUGAGCCUACCUCACCACCUCCCCUACAAUUACGCAAGAAAGACUGGACCGGACACCAUGGCUUUAGUGUCAUUUUAUCAGAUAGUCAACUGGACUAAUAAUGAUAAAGGUUGAAGUUACAUGAUCACUCAUAAUAUCCGCUAACAGCUCCAAAACAAAAAACAAUGGUUGUGUGGCUGGUUGAUUUCACUGGAUGUUUGUUUUGAAUGCAGUGACUAAAGAUGUAUAUAGUAAAUCUAGUAGGCAUCUGAUUGGUGUCAAUAAGGUCAACACAGAACACAAAAGUUUAACGGGAGUCCGCCCUAAUCAACCUAAUUGAAAACUCUAUUUGCCCCUUUAAAAGGGCAUUAAAUUGAAUUCACAAUUUACUGAUUUUGUGAGAUUCUACUUUCUGCCAGUUUUUAUAAGUCAGAAUAUAGUGACAACUUGUAUGUCUGCAUAAUUGACUUCAAGAAUUGACUUUCAAUAAAGCUGACUUGGAGAA